CUGUCUCAUGGGGAUGUGUUAGUGUCACCUGAAGAGAAAGGACCAGCUGUCCAAGAACCAAGCCAAGCAGUCCUCGCGUCGUCCAAGACAAUUCAAGCCUUGCAAUCCAAAUCGGCUCCAAGCACAGGCGAAGAUCCAUGGAUCCACCACGACCCCUGGCAAGCAACGAGACCGAGCACCGGGGAACUGUCCACAGGCCAAGUCACGGCCAUGGAAAGCCGCAUUGAACAGAGCCUGCUUAACAAGCUCCGCCCUGAUGAUGCAGAGAUGGUACCACCACCUGAUGACAAGGUCCAAGCCCUUGAAGCUCGCCUUGACCAGCUCAGCACGACAGUUGCCAACCAUCAGCAUGAAAUGCAGCGACAGCAGCAAGCAGUCCAAAACCAGAUCCAUAGCCUUGACACGAAGGUAGAUCAACAGCAGGGCUUUUUCCAAAAUACCUUGGAGACCAAACUCGAGCAGCAGAUGCAGCGCAUAGAGCAACUUUUUGGGAAAAGACAGCGCACCAAUGAGAUAGGAGAAGCAGCCGUGCCGGGACCCACUCGCAAUGAGUGCAUCAUUGGUUGCAUCAAUCCAACUGGUAUCUUGGGAAAAACCUCGAUGCUGGCAUCCUUACCCAAGGAAGAUCAUGCCAUUUGGGCAACCGAACAGCAGUGUCAGCAUGUAGUAGACCGCCUCCUUGACCAUAGCCAGGGUCUUAGGUUCAUAUGUGGGGACUUCAAUCAGCCAGAAGGAGCACUUCCGUGCAUGGCCAAAUUGGCAGAUGCUGGAUGGGUCAACGUCCAGACUUGGGCGUUCCAAAAACUUGGGAAAACCGUACAGCCAACAUGCAAACAGAAAACAACUAUAGACCAUCUUUACGUUAGCCCGGAGUUGGCGAUGUAUUUGAGGGAUGUAGAAGUUCAGCAUGAUUGGUUUGCCGACCACUCCAUUCUCAUGGCACGCUUCAAGCCAUUAGGUGAACCACCAAUGUUGCCGAUGUGGAGAAAGCCAUCACCAAUUGACUGGACAGCAGUGCCUACUGAACCAAUGGAGAGAAACUUUCAAGCACCAUCAGUUCGAGAAGAUCGCACCGAACACUAUGCCGAGCUUUGGCAAGCAGUUGAACGAGCGGUUGACAAAGCAAUGCAAUCCAAAACAGCCAAGAAACUCCCAGCAGCAGCUCAAGGGAGAGGCCAGACGUUAGAAGUCCGUUGGGUACAGGAACACUCUGCACCAGUCAAGUCAGGUCGUCCAGGUGACCCAAAUCCGAACUUCCAUGGCCUGAACCUCCAGCAUAGUAGAUGGAUUAAGCAACAUAGAAGAUUGGUCAAUUUUGUUCGACUUGCCAAUAAUAGUCCGACCACCCCCACUGCAGUUGAGCACCGUGACAAACUGUGGGCAAGCAUUACCCAGGCACCAGGGUUUCUGCCCACUUUUCCCACAUGGCUCACCGAACAAAAACCCCUCGAAGGUGGGUGGCCUCAUCAAGCUCCAGACCAUGCACAAGCCUGUGCGAUCAGCCAAGCAUUCCAUAGCCUUCUGGACCAAUGGGAAAAACAAUUGAACAACCAGCGUUGUCAAGCAGCCAAGCAAAGACGACUUGAUGACCCCAUGAUCAUCUUUCGUGACUUGAAGGGUGACCAACCACAGCCAGUGCAAAUGUUGAUUGAUCAUCACCAAACGAGUGUCAUAGAGGUUGAUCCAGAUGAAAGUGCAGUCGUCACUCAACAUGACAUCAAAUGGAACCCCGAACAACCAAUCAAGGGGAAAGCAGCAGCAGCCAACAUCAUCCAUGCCGAAGAAAAUAAGAUUUGGCUUGAUAAUGUAGAGGGUUUCCAGCAGGGCAUGACGGUUGAACAAGAAACCUACAUAGGAAACUUGCCUGACCUCUUUGCUAAGUUCAACGAUGAGUGGACGGCACGAUGGGACCGUCAUCAACAGGUGGAAGACGAGAAAUGGGAUCCGAUAGUGCAAUUUGCCCAGCUAGCGUUGCCACGUCCAGCCCCGAUGGAAUAUCAUCCCAUAACAUACACCGAGUGGAUGGCAUGCCUGAAAGCUAAGUCCAAGAAGUCGGCAACCGGACCAGAUGGAGUGAGCAGACAAGAUCUCCUUCAUUUGCCAAGACAAGCGACGGAAUGCAUCCUCCAAAUCUUAGCCGAUGUUGAACAGGGUAAAGCAUGGCCCCGCCAACUCACCGUGGGACUGGUAGCAGCCCUUGAAAAAGUCCCCAAUGCAGCCACCACCAACAAAUUCAGACCAAUCACAAUCCUACCCAUAGUAUAUCGGGUAUGGGGAUCUAUCAGAGCAAAACAAAUCUUGCGACACCUUCAACCCUUGGCACCAGACACAUGUUCUGGCAACGUUCCGGGUAGACAAGCAGCAGACAUAUGGUACCAAAUCAUGACAGCCAUUGAAACAGCACAAUACUCCCUAAAGUCCCUUACCGGAGGAGUCCUGGAUUUGGAAAAAGCCUUUAAUAUGCUUCCCCGCAUGCCCAUCAUGGAGUUUUUGAACAUCUUGCAAGUAGCCCCACAAGUCCUUAGAGCAUGGUCCACAGUCCUUGUUGCACUUGAGCGCAGGUUCACCAUUAGACAAAGUGUUGGCCCGCCUCUUAGGUCCACCAGUGGAUUUGCUGAGGGAUGCCCGUUGUCAGUGACAGCAAUGCUGGGUGCCAAUUUGGUUGUUCAUCAAUAUCUACAAAGACGCUAUCCAGAGGUCAUGCUCUGGUCUUUUGUUGAUAACUGGGAAGUCACCGGGCAAACAGCCAACCAAGUUGAAGCAGCCAUUGAUGCCCUUCAUGCCUACUGUGAGGUGAUGGACAUGCGAAUUGACUCCAACAAAACCUACACCUGGGCAGUUGAAUCCAGCCAGCGCCGUGCCCUGCGUGAUAGUGACCACCAGGUCCGGCUAGGUGCAAAAGACUUAGGAGGGCAUGUCCAGUACUCACAGGUGGUUUCCAACACCACCAUAGCAGCAAGAUGUCAUGAUCUCCAAACCUUAUGGGGUAGAUUAGCGCGAUCCACUGCCCCGUAUAAGCAGAAAGUCCAAGCCCUUAGGGCCAAAGCAUGGCCGUCCUGUUUGCAUGGAAUAGCGUCGGUCCACUUAGGGGAAGAACACUACCAGCG